AUGUCGGGGAGGUUUCCUGAAUCUCCGACUACCGAAAGCUUUUGGGACCUCCUAUACAAAGGGCUGGAUGUUUGUAAAGAGGUUCCCCGCCGACGGUGGGACAUCAACACGCAUGUGGAUCCCAGCGGGAAAGCACGAAACAAAGGGGCUACCAAAUGGGGCUGUUGGCUGGAUUUCUCAGGCGAUUUUGAUCCCCGAUUCUUUGGGAUCUCGCCGAAAGAGGCGCCGCAGAUGGAUCUAGCUCAGCGUAUGGCCUUGAUGUCUACUUACGAGGCAAUGGAGCGGGCUGGUUUGGUUCCCGACACCACACCGUCGACCCAGCGAGACCGCAUUGGGGUCUUCCAUGGAGUCACCAGUAAUGACUGGAUGGAGACCAAUUCGGCCCAGAACAUUGACACAUACUUCAUCACAGGUGGAAAUCGUGGGUUUAUUCCGGGGCGUAUUAACUUCUGUUUCGAAUUUGCUGGACCUAGCUAUACCAAUGACACGGCCUGUUCCUCCAGUCUAGCUGCCAUCCACUUGGCCUGCAACUCUCUCUGGCGGGGUGACUGUGACACGGCGGUGGCAGGGGGAACUAACAUGAUCUAUACUCCUGAUGGUCACACAGGAUUGGACAAAGGGUUCUUUCUUUCCCGGACUGGCAACUGCAAACCCUACGACGACAAGGCCGAUGGUUACUGCCGAGCUGAGGGGGUCGGGACGGUGUUCAUCAAACGGCUGGAAGAUGCCCUGGCAGAUAAUGACCCCAUUCUCGGCGUUAUCCUAGAUGCUAAGACUAAUCACUCAGCCAUGUCGGAGUCGAUGACUCGGCCGCACGUGGGCGCCCAAAUCGAUAACAUGACGGCGGCGCUGAAUACCACUGGACUCCACCCCAAUGACUUCAGCUACAUUGAGAUGCAUGGCACCGGCACCCAGGUAGGGGAUGCGGUGGAGAUGGAGUCGGUACUGUCGGUGUUUGCGCCGUCUGAAACCGCCAGAAAGGCGGAUCAGCCACUAUAUGUCGGCUCAGCCAAGGCCAACGUUGGACAUGGAGGGGGAGUGUCUCGGGUUACGAGCCUUAUUAAGGUUCUGAUGAUGAUGCAGCGCGAUACCAUACCCCCACACUGCGGUAUCAAACCGGGCAGCAAAACCAACCGCAAUUUCCCCGAUCUCGGAGCUCGCAAUGUGCACAUUGCUUUUGAACCCAAGCCCUGGCCACGCACACACACUCCCCACAGGGUGCUUAUCAACAACUUCAGUGCCGCGGGAGGGAAUACUGCCUUGAUAGUGGAGGAUGCCCCGGAGCGUCACUGGCUGACAAAGAAGGAUUCGCGCACUAGUCAUAUCGUCGCCCUGUCUGCACAUGUGGGUGCUUCCAUGAAAACCAACCUCGAACGACUGCAUCAGUAUCUCCUGAAACAUCCCCACACUGACCUCGCGCAGCUGUCAUAUACCACUACUGCGCGUCGAUGGCAUUAUCUACACCGAGUGAGCGUCACUGGCGCUCGACCCAAAAGCAAGCCGAAGAUUCUCUUUGCUUUCAUGGGACAAGGGUCUCAAUAUGCAACCAUGGGUAAGCAGCUGUACGAUGCGUAUCCAUCCUUCAGAGAGGACCUGGGGAAGCUCGAUCGAUUCGCACAAAGUCAUGGCUUCCCUAGCUUUCUUCACGUCUGUACUUCGCCUAAAGGCGAUGUGGAAGAAUUGGCUCCCGUUGUGGUGCAACUGGCUAUCACUUGCCUUCAAAUGGCCCUUACUAACCUCAUAACUUCCUUCGGCAUCCGUGCCGAUGCAACAGUGGGGCAUAGUUUGGGUGAAUUCGCAGCCCUCUACGCGGCGGGAAUUCUUUCCGCCUCAGACGUGGUUUACCUUGUUGGUCAAAGAGCGGAGCUUCUCCAGGAGCGCUGCCAACGCGGGACUCAUGCAAUGCUGGCAGUGAAAGCUACUCCUGAAGCGCUGUCCCAAUGGAUCAGCGAUCAUGAUUGUGAGGUGGCCUGUAUUAAUGGCCCUGAAGAUACCAUUCUCAGUGGCACCACCAAGAAUAUUGCUGAGGUUCAACGCGCCAUGACGGACAACAGGACCAAGUGCACGUUGUUGAAACUGCCAUUUGCCUUCCAUUCUGCCCAGGUACAACCUAUUCUGGACGACUUUGAGGCCCUGUCUCAGGGAGCGACAUUUGCUAAGCCCCAACUACCAAUUCUCUCUCCCUUGCUGCGGUCAGAAAUCCGCGAACAUGGCGUCGUGACUCCAUCAUAUGUCGCGCAACAUUGUCGUCACACCGUAGAUAUGGCCCAAGCUUUGAGAUCUGCUCGAGAAAAGGGACUCAUCGACGACAAGACCCUCGUCAUUGAGCUGGGACCGAAGCCAUUAAUCUCGGGUGUGGUGAAGAUGAGGUUGGGAGAGAACAUUACCACCUUACCCACUCUAGCACCCAACAAGGCCAUUUGGCCCAACCUGCAGAAGAUUCUCACUUCGGUCUAUACGGGUGGGUGGGAUAUUAAUUGGAAGAAAUACCAUGCCCCGUUCGCCUGCUCCCAGAAGGUGGUGGAUCUGCCGAGCUACGGCUGGGAUUUGAAGGAUUACUACAUCCCGUACCAGGGUGACUGGUGCCUGCAUCGCCACCAGCAGGAUUGCAAGUGCGCCACUCCUGGCCACGAAAUCAAAACGGCCGACUACCAAGUGCCUCCGGAGUCGAAGCCUCACCGUCCAUCCAAGCUGGACCCUAGCAAGGAGGCCUUCCCCGAAAUCAAGACAACCACAACACUCCAUCGAGUGGUGGAAGAGACGACCAAACCUUUGGGGGCCGCCUUAGUUGUGGAGACUGACAUGUCUCGGAAGGAUGUCAACAGCCUCUCUCAAGGGCACCUUGUCGAUGGGAUCCCCCUGUGUACCCCUUCCUUUUAUGCUGACAUCGCCAUGCAAGUGGGCCAAUACAGUAUGCAACGGCUCCGCGCGGGACAUCCAGGGGCCGGUGCCAUAGAUGGCCUCGUGGACGUGUCCGACAUGGUGGUAGACAAAGCGUUGGUUCCCCAUGGAAAGGGACCUCAAUUGCUGCGCACCACGCCUACCAUGGAGUGGCCGCCCAAGGCUGCUGCUACUACGCGAAGCGCCAAAGUCAAAUUCGCCACCUAUUUUGCCGAUGGGAAACUCGAUACGGAGCAUGCCAGCUGUACUGUCCGAUUCACAACCGAUGCACAAUUGAAAUCUCUGCGCCGGUCUGUGCCUGAGUACAAGGCCCACAUCCGCCAGUUACGUGAUGGCCAUGACAAGGGGCAGUUCAUGUGA